CAGAUCGCCAUGACGCCUCAACUGAGACAGGACCCCUCCAACACCUCGAUCAUUCAUUCACUCGUGCUCGUCCGCCUGAGAGCUCUCUAGGCUUAGGUACAGGCUCACGCGCCGGUAUAGUGGUCAAAUCCACUCCAGAUUCCCAUUAUCCUUAACAAACUGCCCUCCUACACCUCACAUCAACUACAUAAUCUAUCUGACCAUGACGGAAUACAAGCUUCAAUAUGCUCCGUGGACCUCCGAUAUUGAGCUCGCUUUCUACGCGGCUCUAGCAAGUCUCAAAAUCAACCAUGACAAACUCGACGACUCUGCUCGUAAGGUCCUUGGUCUCUACGAAAUAAGACCCAGCGAUGCGCCAAGUCGAUCAGCUCGUAUGCAGCUUCACGGUUCCGCACUUACAACCGACGAGACUACGUCAGGCUAUCUACGCGCCGAAGGUACUAUCAAGAAUGUCAAUACGAUCGAAGAGUUUAGAAACUUGGAGAGGCGGGCUAUAGUAGAGCGCGCGGGGCGUAUGAUCUGGGACGCGAUAUGCGAUGGAACUAUAUAUUCUUGCCCGUCCCUUUUAGCCUCGUUCACCGCCAUAUCGUUCGCCGACUUGAAGAAAUACAAGUUCACCUACCACUUCGCCUUCCCUGCUCUUGCGACAGAUAACUUAUGGACCAUGAGCACAGCACCCGGUUCCGGCCACACCAAGCUGGGGCAUAAAGAGACCACUGGGCUGGUGGAUGCUGUACAGACCUGGAAGUACGGGGUUGACAGUAGACAACAUGGCUUCUUCCUCGCGAAGAGACUUCGUCACAGAACCCCUGAAGGCGAAGAUCGACCAGAGACUCCAAAGACGCCAAUGACGGAAGAACUUGGAUUCUCCUGGGCAGUAGGGUCACUCUCAAGCUACGAGAACGACUUUUUCAGAGACGUGCAGUCUGAAGACCAGUUUGUCUGCUUUGCAGACCCAUCGACUUACCCCGACGUUCCUGCAUGGAUGCUCCGGAAUCUCUUAGUCCUUAUUAAGUACAAGUGGCAGCUCAAAAUGGUACAGAUCAUGUGCUACAGAGACACCCAUUUAAGGCGCGAUACGGCAAACAGCAUCAUACUCACAUUAUCUACAUCCUCUACGGCAACAAUGGAAGACUUCAAACCAACGAGUCAAAGUAGAACUUCGCUCAUGCCCAAGGUCAUCGGCUGGGAGAGAAAUGCGGAUGGCAAGAUGGUCAGUCGCCUUGUCGAUCUGGCUGCAUACAUGGACCCCCAAAAGCUUGCAGAUCAGGCUGUAGACUUGAAUCUCAAACUCAUCAAGUGGCGAAUCGCACCCUCGUUAGAUCUUGAUAUAAUAAAGAAUACGAAAUGCCUUCUUCUCGGGGCGGGGACACUUGGCUCAUAUGUUUCGCGGAAUCUCAUGGGCUGGGGGGUCCGGAAAAUAACAUUCGUAGACAAUGCCACCGUCAGCUUCUCGAACCCUGUCCGUCAGCCCCUCUUUGAUUUCAAGGAUUGCCUUGAAGGUGGUGCGAAGAAGGCAUGGCGCGCAUCGGAAGUGUUACAGGAGAUAUACCCAGGUGUCGACUCCGAAGGACAUGUCAUGACUGUGCCAAUGGCUGGACAUCCAAUAACGGAUGAGAAUAAGACAAAGGCCGAUUACGAGACCCUGAGCUCGCUCAUGGAUGAGCAUGAUGCCAUUUUCCUACUCAUGGACACCAGAGAAAGCAGAUGGCUACCCACAGUAAUGGCAAAAGCAAAAGGUAAGAUUGUCAUGAAUGCUGCACUUGGAUUCGACACCUUUGUAGUGAUGCGGCAAGGCCUGCCUGCAAAUGGUCCAAACGAAGAAGAGCUUGGGUGCUACUUUUGUAAUGACGUCGUUGCGCCUGCCGAUUCCCUAAAAGAUGCCACUCUAGAUCAACAAUGUACUGUUACUAGACCUGGGAUAGCUCCAAUGGCGUCUGCUCUUCUUGUCGAGCUCCUUGUUUCGAUCCUUCAGCAUCCGCUUCAAGCUCGUGCGCCAGCAGACUCCAGCGCAUCAUCUGGCGCAGCCCAGGUCCAGAAUUCAAGUACAGCGGCAUCGAGAACACUUUUCAACCAUCCACUCGGGCUGAUUCCGCACACCAUCCGUGGCUACCUCUCCACGUUCUCACAUCUUGUUAUCAAAGGCAAACCAUAUGACUGCUGCAGUGCAUGUUCGCCCAAAAUUCUGGAUUUGUACAAGAAGGACGGGUGGGAUUUCGUGAAGAGGGCCAUCAACGAAAAAGGAUGGGUGGAGGAAAUCAGUGGCUUGGCUGAGGUGCAGCGUAAAGCGGAGGAAGCCGAAAAGGAGAUGGAUUUUGAGUUCUCCGAUGCCGAAGAUGACGGUGAAGGGGAACUCAUCUAGGGUAAAGGAUAGAAAGCUGGCGUUGCAUUGUAGCGAAGGUUAUAAGCAUUUACUGGCGUUUGGGGGCAUAGAAAGACCGGACUUUUGGUAUAUGGUGCAAGGGGAGGGGGGGCGACCAGAGGGCAUAGCCAUAGUUUUGCAAAUAAUCUGCGGAAGACGUAUACAGGCAACUCGUAUAGUAGAUCGAUCAAUAGUGAUUGAAAGACUCC